AUGCUAACUGGAAAAUGGGAACAAGCACAGCAAGAACCACCAGCGUAUGAUGUCAUUAUUAUAGGAGCAGGAACAGCAGGAUUCAUAGUUGCAAAAAGACACUCAGAGAUCAGCGAAUGGAAUGUACUUUUAUUGGAAGCUGGAAGAAAGGACCCGAAAGCUGCCGAUAUACCAGGAUUCUGGAUAGAUAUUGAAAAAACUGACAUUGAUUGGAACCAUAAAACUCAAUCAGAACCAAGUGCACGUUCAUUUGAAAAAGGAUGUGUCUGGCCUCAUGGCAAAAUUCUGAAAGAAAAUCCCGUGUAUCAUCAAACUGGAGUAUAUUUAUCUGCAGAAAGGUUUCACUAUACCACAACAGAUGCAAAAACUAUUUAA